UUCAAUGAUGGAGCUUCAAGCUGGAUCUGUAGGUGGCGGUAUAGAGUUUACCGACGUCUGAGUGAGGAAAUGUUAUAAGACACGAGUGACAAAGAAGACAGCUAGCACGGCCAGCAACAAUACGAUACUCACCUUGCUUGGCUUUCAUCCUAGAAAAUGGACACCCGGUUCACUCGAGGGAAAUCCACCAUAUUGGAGCGCCCCUUGACGAGACCCAAGACUGAAGUCAGCUUGAGUGCGUUUGCAUUGCUGUUCUCAGAGAUGGUCCAGUACUGUCAGAGCCGGGUGUACUCUGUUUCGGAGCUGCAGACGCGCCUGGCUGACAUGGGCCAGAGUGUGGGUGCCGGCUUGCUGGAUGUGCUCGUGCUUAGGGAGAAGAAUGGCAAGAGGGAAACAAAAGUGCUUAACAUGUUGCUCUUUAUUAAGGUAAAUGUAUGGAAGUCUUUAUUUGGGAAGGAGGCCGACAAACUGGAGCAGGCCAAUGACGACGACAAGACUUACUACAUCAUAGAAAAGGAGCCCCUCAUCAAUGCUUACAUCUCUGUGCCCAAAGAGAAUAGCAGCUUAAACUGCGCUGCCUUUACUGCAGGCAUCGUGGAGGCUAUCCUCACACACAGCGGUUUCCCUGCUAAGGUUACAGCCCAUUGGCACAAAGGCACCACACUCAUGAUCAAGUUUAAUGAGUCUGUCAUUGCCCGGGACAAGGCUUUAGAUGGCAGAUAAGGACAGCAGGAAAAAUCCAGGAAUUUUUGGUGUUGUUCAUUGAAGGACAAAUAUAAAGAACUAUUUAACUCUACACAACCUUGGAGUUACUCUUCCAUUUCGGAGUCAUUUAAAGAUUAAGUUCUUAUUUACUUUCAUAUAAUAUACUGUAGUGUCUACUCUUGCACACUGGCCAUCUAUGUUGCCCCUCCCCCCCUCCCAGUUCGCUCUCCAGUGAGCAAAGUACCAACGCAUGCAGGACUAGACUUCAUAUUUUGAACCUAGAGUAGGGUUUCUAACCUGUUGCCAGGAGCCAGAUUGGCCCCGUCACAUCAUUUUGUGCAAAUUACAUCGACAUCAUGUCUUCUUGUUUUUUUUUUUUUUUGCUAAAAUAAACUUUAUGGGAAAUUUCUGCAGUUCAGAAAUCUGAGAAUGAUUACAUAAUCCCCUAACCCCUUAAUUUACCAAAAUAAAUUAUAAUUGUUAAAUAAUAGAUUAUUUGCUUGUUCUGUGUUUUUUAAUUCAAUCAAAAAAUGAAAAAUAUAAAAUGUUUAGUGAGUUACCUACCCCCUUUUGUUUAAUAAAUACAAAAUAUAAAUGUUUUUUAAUUGAAAAAACCUUUUUAAUUUUUUUUUUUUUAAAUAGAUAUUAAAGAAACCAUAACUACAAUGUGGCUCACAACAAAGAUGAGUUUGACACCCCUGACCUACAGUUUAGUAAUGUAUGUAUGUAAUGUAAAUUUAUAAAAAAUAAAA